CUUUAUUUCGAGUAGCGUGCAUAAUUUUCAUAUUCUCAAUCGACGUGUUUAGAGGAAAAUAUUAUACUUGUAACAAUAUCAUUAUUGGGUUGAAACAAGGAGUGCGGAAGUGUUAAAGAGGAAUAAUUGCAUCAUGUAUCAUCCAUUUGCCAUAUCGCCGUUUCUUAUACAAUGUUUCGUGUGCGCGACUGUUUGUAUGAAUGUGCUGAGUAAUGGUUGCGCUUAUGGUUUCCCUGCGGUGCUGCUGCCGCAACUCAAACUUCCAGGAUCUCCAAUACCACUCACCAAGGCCCAGGAAUCAUGGAUAGCUUCAAUUAUCACUGUUGCGAUGUUAGCGGGUAAUUUAACCAUGCCAUUGAUACUGGAUAAAUUGGGACGGAAAAAGGCUCAUUUCUUGGUCAAUAUACCGGCUGUUAUUGGAUGGCUUCUGAUAAUAUUUGCAAAGAACGUUCAGAUUAUUCUACUUGCGAGAAUGAUGCAAGGACUAUCCUUUGGGCAAAUGGUACCUCUACGAGCUGUCGUUAUAGGAGAGUACUCGAGCCCAAAGAAUCGCGGGGCAUUCCUAACAACAACUACGGUUGCACAAACACUUGGCAUGUUUGUAGUGCAUUUGAUAGGAUCGCUGGUACAUUGGCAGAUGACAGCUCUCAUCUGCGUCUCAUUCACUUUAAUCAGCUUUAUCAUGACAUUUUUUCUACCAGAAUCCCCGAGUUGGCUCGCAAGUAAAGGGAGAUAUGAUGAAUGUAAACAACAUUUCCAGUAUCUUAGAGGCGAUCAGGAAGAAGCCGAGCUAAACGAGCUCAUCCAAGCCAGGAUGGAGCACAAUGCGACAAGAACUGUCAUCAAUCUUAAAACCUGCGUGGAGAUUGUACGUAAAGUAGAAUUUUAUAAGCCCAUUCUGCUCUUCUUGCAUGUCACGUUAUUGGUGUAUGUGGCUGGUGGGAUGAAUUUAGCAGUAUAUGGGGUAACUAUUGUGGAGCUAAUUAUGGGUCCGGGCGUAGACGCGAAUUUCUGGCUGGUAGAGAUAGAUAUAUUACGUAUAAUCACCAAUAUACUGGCCGUUUACUUUAUGAAGAGGUGUUUGCGGCGUACUGUGGCGUUUAGCACCGGUGUUCUGUGCUUAAUAGCACACAUCGCUGUAGUUGCCCACGUCAUUAUGAUAAAACAAGGCAUUACCUUCUUUGACUAUAUAUGGAUACCAGCUAUGUUGCUGAAUCUACAAUGUUUUGCCGUAUCCGCAGGAGUAUUACCAAUAAUGUGUGUAAUUGCUGGAGAAAUAUUUCCGUUAGCUUACCGCAGCAUCGGUAUAAGCUUUGGGACCGCUAUAGCGACGCUUUUCCACUUUCUAAUAUUAAAGACCUUUCCUUACCUCACAUCAUCAGUGGGUAUUGAAGGUGUGUACGGAAUAUAUGGGAGCGUUAUUUUGUACUGUUUGAUAGUUAUGUGGUUUUUGAUGCCGGAGACGAAAGGUCGAACGUUACAACAGAUUGAAGACAAAUUAAAAGGAGUAGAUAGAACGAGUAAAAUUGACUGCAACAAUAAAGCAUCAGCUCCGACCGACUAGUUUUAACUAAUCAUAUAAAUAAUAAAUCUAGGAACUAUUACAUAUUUAACUCUCAAACUAAACAUUUACGUUCGGCGUAAAUUUCUAGUUCCUAAUUCCUUUGUUUGCAGAACUAUUCUUAUCUAAAUAUACUUGACAUUCAUUUUCAUAGUUGGCUUAAUGACGUCACAUUAGCAUGUUAACGUAAUUUAAAAUAUGAACAUAGAGCUUAAAAAUUAGAUGAAAUUUAGUACCUUCCACAAAAUUAAAUAGUAUUCUAAAGGUAUUUGCCAAUAAAUUUUAGCAGGCGCAAAUUAAUUAUAACACAUUAUAACAGUUCUUCGCAAUUAAACGUGACUAAAUAUAUAAAUUUAGUAUAAGAAAAUACCUAUUAAUACGCGGUAAUUAAAAUAUAUGGAAUUGUACAUAAGAAUAACGAAUAUUUGUUAAAUUGUAAAUAAAGUUG